UCUGUGGGGAAUGCUACUCACGUGGUCGUGCGGGGGCCUACGCACGUAUAUGAGGGCAGCCGUGUGUCCUUGACGGCCCUGGACAGGGUGGACCUGGACGUGGAGCGCGGCAGCUUCGUGUCGGUGAUAGGUCCCAGCGGGGCGGGCAAGACUACACUGCUGAAGGUGCUGGGCGGGCUCAUCGACCAGACGUCGGGGGUAGUGGAGAUAGACGGGGCGGCGCCGGAGGAAGCGCGGCGCGGCAACCGGAUAGGGUUCGUAUUCCAGGACCCUACCCUGCUGCCGUGGAGGACGGUCGCCGGCAACGUUGCGCUGCCGUUGGAGGUCGCGAACGGACAUGGAGGCGGGCGCACCGACGUUGGGGAGCACCUGCGGGCGGUGGGGCUUGCGGACUUUUCGGACUACUACCCGCACCAGCUUUCGGGCGGGAUGAGGCAGCGGGCCGCCUUCGCGAGGGCGCUGGCGUCGGCCCCGGAGCUGUUGCUGCUAGACGAGCCGCUGGGGUCGCUGGACGAGAUCACGCGCACGCAGAUGCGGUUCGAGCUGCUGCGGCUGUGGGAGGGCAUCGGGGAAGACGGUGGUGCUGGUGACCCACAGCGUCCCCGAGGCGGUGAUGAUGUCGGACGUGGUGGCCGUGAUGUCGUCGGGCCCCGGCCGGAUAGUGGAGAGGAUCCCGAUCGAGAUAGAGCGCCCGCGGGACGACUCGAUGGAGGGGUCGAGCGUAUUCGCCGAGCACCUACUACGGGUGCGGGAGAGUCUUGCCCUUGGAGCGUGGCAUGGACCAGCCGCUGCGGGAGCCGGGUCUCCCGCUUGAGGCGGAGGCCAUCAGGGAGCGUACCGAGACGCGGCGCGGUCCGGUCGUAG